AUGGUCCGCUUCACUUCUGCAAUGACGGUUGGCCUUGUCGGUCUAGCAUCAAUUGCGGCUGCUCAUCCAGGCCAUGACCACAAGGCUGAAGCGGCCGAGCGCCGCCACUUCGUCCAGAAUUCGGGCAUCCAAACCCGCAGCCUGUCGCAAUGCGCGGCCAAACUGAAGACUCGUGGACAUGAAGCAAAGAACAUCGCUCGUCGUCACCAUGCAGUUCGACAGAUUCGUCGUCGCCGUGGCUUGAAUCGAGAUGCCCAGUAUCUCAAGGCUCGAGAUCUUGAUAGUGUCUUGAGCACAUCGCACGCAUCCAAUUUGACUGGAAUUACUCCCUCGACCGAUGCAUCUGUGCUGUUUGGUUCCGAGGCCACAUGCAUUUUGGCUCCGGAUGUUACCCAGGGUCCUUAUUAUGUCAGCGGUGAACUCAUUCGUCGAAACAUCGUCGACGAUGAACCCGGUGUGCCGCUCUAUAUGGACAUUCAGCUCAUCGACACCAACACCUGUGAACCUCUUCCUGAUAUGUACAUGGACCUCUGGCAUUGCAACUCGACCGGUGUAUACUCGGGUAUUCAAGCAAAUGGCAACGGUGAUUCCACCGACGCCACCAACUUGAACGCAACCUUUCUCCGUGGAAUUCAACCCAGCGACGAAGAAGGCAUCGUCCAAUUCGAGUCCAUCUUCCCAGGCCAUUACACCGGCCGAGCUACUCAUAUUCACGUCCUCACCCAUCCCGUCAACGAGACAACCGUCCUCCAAAACAACACCAUCUCCGGCCUCUACUCCUCCAAAACCUCCCACGUCGGCCAACUCUUCUUCGACCAAGAUCUCAUCACCCAAGUCGAAAAGACCGCCCCUUAUUCUACUAAUACCCAGGAUCUCACCACCAACGCCGAGGAUACCAUUCUCGCCCAGGAAGCCGAUUCCAUCGAUCCUUUCAUGGAGUAUGUCCUUUUGGGCAAUGACCUGUCCGAUGGCAUUUUCGCCUGGAUCACCGUCGGCGUGGACAGUACCGAGGAUACCACCGUGACUCCGGCGGCUUAUUAUACCGAGCAAGGCGGUGUUGAGAAUGAGAAUUCUGGUAUGCGUGGUGGUGGUGGUGGUGGUGCGGGUGGUGCUCAGCCCAGCGGUGCUCCGAGACCCAGCGGUGCGGUUUCCUUCUCCUUGGUCGCGACUCCAUCAUCCAGUGUAUCUGGAUCUACAUCUCUGAGCGUUGACGCCUGCGGCGAAACAGUUGUCUAA